CAGCAUUGGCCUCUAGGUGGUGCGGUUUCCUUCAGUAUUUUCAUUGUUUUUUUUUUCCUUCUCCGCCCGUUGCCCAUCAUACGGCGUCUGUAUUUAAAAAAGCAUUUUUACGAUGGCGGAGGACAGUGAAUCUGCAGCCAGUCAGCAGAGCCUAGAGCUGGACGACCAGGACACCUGCGGGAUAGACGGAGACAACGAAGAGGAGAAUGAGCAUAUGCAAGGGAGUCCAGGGGGAGAACUUGGAGCCAAGAGGAAGAAGAAGAAGCAGAAGAGGAAGAAAGAGAAGCCAAGUUCAGGGGGAGCCAAGUCUGACUCUGCCUCUGACUCUCAGGAGAUAAAGAAUCCUGGCUUACCCAUUCAAAAGCUGCAGGACAUCCAAAGAGCCAUGGAGCUGCUUACCUGCCAAGGUCCUGCAAAGAACAUUGACGAGGCAGCUAAGCACAAGUACCAGUUUUGGGACACUCAGCCUGUGCCAAAGCUAAAUGAAGUUGUGACAAGUCAUGGGCCGAUUGAAGCUGACAAAGAAAACAUCAGACAGGAGCCAUAUUCCUUACCUCAAGGCUUUACAUGGGACACGUUAGAUCUCAGCAAUGCAGAUGUACUGAAAGAGUUGUACACAUUGUUAAAUGAAAACUAUGUGGAGGACGACGAUAACAUGUUCAGAUUUGAUUAUUCACCGAGCUUUCUAAAAUGGGCUCUGCGUCCACCUGGCUGGUUACCACAGUGGCAUUGUGGUGUGAGAGUGUCCUCAAAUAAAAAGCUUGUUGGCUUCAUCAGUGCCAUCCCUGCAGAUAUACGCAUCUAUGACACCCUGAAGAGGAUGGUAGAAAUUAACUUCCUGUGUGUCCACAAAAAGCUGCGUUCAAAGCGUGUCGCUCCUGUGCUAAUCAGGGAGAUCACACGGAGGGUGAAUCUAGAAGGAAUAUUUCAGGCAGUAUAUACGGCAGGAGUGGUACUGCCUAAACCUGUGUCCACAUGCAGGUAUUGGCAUCGUUCUUUGAACCCCAGAAAGCUUGUGGAAGUCAAAUUCUCCCACCUGAGCAGAAACAUGACCCUGCAAAGAACCAUGAAACUCUACAGACUGCCAGAUAGCACCAAGACUCCAGGUCUCCGGCCGAUGGAGAGGCGUGAUGUCUGCCAGGUCACUGAGCUGCUACAGAAAUACUUGAGACGUUUUCACCUUGCACCUUCAAUUGCAGAAGAGGAGGUUGCGCACUGGUUUUUGCCACAGGACAACAUCAUUGACACAUAUGUAGUAGAGAGUGCUGGUGGCGUACUGACGGAUUUCACUAGUUUCUACACUCUGCCCUCGACCGUGAUGCAUCACCCUCUUCAUAGGAGCCUGAAGGCUGCUUACUCUUUUUACAGUGUUCAUACACAAACCCCGCUACUGGACUUGAUGAAUGAUGCACUGAUCCUGGCCAAACUGAAAGGCUUUGAUGUGUUCAAUGCCUUGGAUCUAAUGGAGAAUAAGGUGUUUCUGGAGAAACUCAAGUUUGGCAUAGGAGAUGGAAAUCUGCAGUAUUACCUCUACAACUGGAAGUGUCCCCCUAUGGACCCUGAUAAGGUUGGCCUCGUCCUUCAGUAGCAGGUCUCUUCAUGGCUCCCACACAAACAGUGACUCGGAGGCUUUCAGCGACCUCUGACUAUUCCUUACCUGGACAUACAGGUAGCCCAAGCUAGACAAUGAGAACUACAACAGUAAACCAACCUGGUGACGGGAGGUGGUCCACCUGGCACCUGCAUCAUCAAGAACAGUCUCAGUUCACCAGGAGGUGAAAACUCUCAAAUCAUCAACAUCCUGAAUGUGAAGUCAUGCUAUGCCUCAGAUGCUCAAACAGUACAGUGCUCCUGACAUGCACGCUCAUAUUUACAACACAACAGUCUGACAUUCAACAGGAUGCCUUGACAUUGUGGAUUUUGUUUGAUUCUUUUUUGUCACCACACACAUUGUUACAUGGGACAGGCAUAUAGUUUAGUUUCACUGACAUGGGGCCAUAUAAAUCAUAUUAAGUAAACAUGGCCAUAUAGAAUUGUUUUGAUUUUGUUAUCCUGCAGCUGAACAAAUUUUCCCAUCCAUUGUCAUAUUAUUGUGGCCAGAAGUGUGUCUGCAAGCUGUGCUGGGCCUUAGAAUUAGAGAUGAUAGCUGACAUAUAAAGGAAAAAUCAUUUUUCCCCUUAAUCUUUCUGAAGAAAUAUCUUCACAACAACACAACAAAAGACUCAUGCAACCAUUGCAUUGAUGUUCUUGUUAAAAAUCUAUAGUUAUCUGUACAUUUAAAGCCAGAUCAUAUUUAUUCCUGUAGAGUGAGUUGGGGUGUGUGAAGGCUGAUCCAAAGUAUUUUCCUCAUCAGUAGAUGCCACUGACUUUCUUCAGCUAAUGUGGGUUUAAGUCAUUUUUGAUGAAGAAUGUAUUGCAUCAAUGAAGCACAAUUUUUGAGUUUGUAAACAAGCAAAAGGGUCCAUUAGCCCAGAUUUGAGAGCAGAUGGGUUGUGGUACAUAAAACUAAUGAUCUAAGCUAUUUCCAUGUUACAAACCUGUCUCUAGAGUUCGUAUUUUUAAUACAACACUCCAACCAUGUCAUGUUCGCCAGUAUGCUCAGCAUAGUUAUUUUCAUGACAGUGGAGAUGAAUAAGAGGCAAAAGGAAACUGCAGCUACUAAAUUAAGAAAGGAAGACAUGCCACAUGCAGCAGAAGCAGCACACGUGCCAGAAAACAGCAGUUAAACCACAGCCCAGUGGAUUUAACAUGCAUUUUUCUUUCUGAAUUAUCAGUGUUUCAUUCUGGAGACAGUUUUAUAAUGUAGAAAUGGCUUAUUGUUUUGAAAGAAUAUAUGUGGUUAAGUCAUUUAAAACAGCCAAGGUUAGUUUUGUUUUAUUUAAUUAUUGUACCUCAGAUCACUUACAGAGUUUGACUUGCUACUUUAAGCAGCCUGCUACAGAUAAACUAGGAUGUUACAUGUGCUCUUAAUCAACCUUAAAUAAGCAAACAGAGCACAAAACACCUAAAAGGGUCUAAAGAAAUCAUUUACAACAGCAUGCAGUCAGAAUACAGUGGCAGAAUAAAGCCUGUAUCAGUAAGCGCAUCCACUGAAAUGUGAGCAUUUCUUGUUUUUCCAGGUGUUUUUAAUGGUAUUGUAUUUUGUGUGUCUGAAAAAUAUACUGUAGGGCAUUUUUUUGUGUGUUGUGCAGCUAAAUGCGUGAAACGGUUCUUAUAUUUAUAAUUGUACUUUGCUGAUUGUUUUCAGACAAUUCCUUUUCUUUCCAGUAUUUCCCUAAAAUUUCCAGUUAAAUAGGCAAAUUUAAAAUGUUUGUGGGUUUGGAGUAUGUGGGAGUUCCCUGGAGGAUGAGGUGGAAAAACAACUGUCAGGCCACUUGUUCUGUGGUUUUACUCAAAUAUUUAAAAUGGUACUUUUUGUCCUGAGUUUACUUUGCUCUGAGUUUAUUUUUUGUCUGUUGUUCCUGUUUAUGUGGCUCCGCACAACAGAAAAGGUCAAGGCUGCUGUCAUUUUUGUCGCUGGUUAUUCUGUAUGUGAUGUAAUUGUCUUAUUUCUUUGUAGAUUAGCAACAAAGACAACGGACAGUCAGUGCUUCAGGAUUCGGAGAAUUUUUAACCAUUGAGAAGUUGAAUGAGUUGCUAAUUUAACACUGAAAGUGGCUACCGAGUCAACGGUGUCCCUCAUGGAUAUCGGCUGUGUCCCAGAUGUGUUGCCUGCAGCUGUUUGAAUGAACUUCAAGCAUAUCAGUUUUGCUGCUGUGUUGAUUUGAGCAUUGUUGUUAUCUACACCCUUUAGUGAGAACUCAACCCGAAGUACCUGCCUUAUUUAAAAGAUUUUUUUUUUUGUGAUGUGUGCGGGGGGUUGUGUUUACAGUUUUCUCUAACUGAAGAACAAUAUUUUUUAUUCAGAUCCAUUGUAAGCUGUCAGAAAGCUGAAGAACUUGUACCAGCAUCAUUUAGAUAUGGCCCCAUGCAAAAAACAAUGUUUGAACACACACACAUUGGCUCUACCAGCAUGGAUAUUUGAUUGAAUAAAUUCACUUUAAAAAGUAA